AUGAAGGCAACACUCUUCCUCCUCGGCGUUCUAGCGGCAGCAGCCUCCGUUGCGGAAGCCAUCUCAAUCAAGAGUGGGCCUCUCACGAGGACAAACCGCAACUGUGACGGCAGUGCUGAUGGACCGGUAUUGUCCGAGAGCUUUGGGACUGCCACGAUCACUCGAGCUGCAAACCUGAUCGUCUCGGUUCCAAUUCUCUUCAAGGGAACUCCCAACAGCGCUUACAAUGUCCGCGGCGUUGGCAACACAAAUGUUGUCCAGGCCGUGAAGCCAGGUGCUACCGCCGCGUGGAUCGCCAUCAAUAAAAAGACCAACUGCAACGACUUCUAUACUCUCCAGCCGUUGCCGAUUACUUAA